AACAUGUUGAUUCAGCAGGUAGUGUUAUAAAAGCUCCAUGCUGGCUGAUCAUAGUUUUGUCAGUGAGAAGGGUCUCCAUGGAUCCAUUCAUUGUCUUGGUGCUCAGUCUCUCCUGUCUGCUUCUCCUCUCACUCUGGAGACAGAGCUCUGAGAGAGGAAAGCUCCCUCCUGGCCCCACUCCUCUCCCAGUUAUUGGCAAUUUCCUCCAGAUAGAUGUGAAGGACAUCAGCCAAUCCUUGACCAAUCUUUCAAAAGUCUAUGGCCCUGUGUUCACCCUGUACAUGGGCAUGGAGCCCACUGUGGUGUUGCAUGGGUAUGAAGCAGUGAAGGAAGCUCUGAUUGACCAUGGGGAGGAGUUUGCUGGAAGAGGAAGCUUCCCAGUAGCUGAAAGAAUAACAAAAGGCCUUGGCAUUAUUUUAAGCAAUGGAAGCAGAUGGAAAGAAAUAAGACGCUUCUCACUCAUGACUCUGCGGAAUUUGGGCAUGGGUAAAAGGACCAUUGAGGACCAUGUUCAAGAGGAAGCACAGUGUCUUGUGGAGGAACUGAGGAAAAUCAAUGGCUCACCCUGUGAUCCCACCUUCAUCCUGAGCUGUGCUCCAUGCAAUGUCAUCUGCUCCAUUAUUUUCCAGAAUCGUUUUGAUUAUAAGGAUCAAGAUUUUCUUACCUUCAUGGAAAAAAUAAAUGAGAAUAUCAGGAUUCUGAGCUCCCCCUGGUUGCAGGUCUGCAAUAAUUUCCCUUCACUAAUGGACUAUUGUCCAGGAAGUCAUCACAAGUUAAUUAAAAAUGUUGAUUAUAUCAAAAGUUACCUUAUGGAGAAAAUAAAAGAACAUCAAGAAUCAUUGAAUGCUGCAAACCCUCGGGACUUUAUUGAUUAUUACCUGAUUAAACAAAAACAGGUAAACAACAAUCAACUAUCAGAAUUUACACUUGAACAUCUGGCAACCACAGUGAAUGAUCUGUUUGGUGCUGGGACAGAGACAAUAAGCACAACGCUGAGAUAUGCUCUCCUGCUCCUGCUGAAGCACCCACAUGUCACAGCUAAAGUCCAGGAAGAGAUUGAUCAUGUGGUUGGCAGAAACCGCAGACCCUGCAUGCAGGACAGGAACCACAUGCCCUACACAGACGCCAUGAUUCAUGAGGUCCAAAGAUUCAUUGACCUCAUCCCCACCAGCGUGCCCCAUGCGGUGACUUGUGACACUAAGUUCAGGAACUACCUUAUCCCCAAGGGAACAACAGUAAUAACAUCACUGUCAUCAGUCCUGCAUGACAGCAAGGAAUUCCCCAACCCAGAGGUAUUUGACCCUGGACACUUUCUAGAUAAGAAUGGAAACUUUAAGAAAAGUGACUACUUCAUGCCUUUCUCAGCAGGAAAACGGAUUUGUGCAGGAGAGGGCUUGGCACACAUGGAGCUGUUUCUAUUACUGACCACUAUUUUACAGAACUUUAAUCUGAAAUCACUGGUUCACCCUAAAGACAUCAAUAUUACCCCAGUGGCCAAUGGAUUUGCCUCUCUGCCACCCCCCUACCAGAUCUGCUUCAUUCCUGUUUAAAGAAGAACAGAAUUUGUGGUCUAAGCUGUGUUGUUUUCUGCAAUCACGUCUAGACCUUCAUCCAGCUUUUUCUUCAUCAGGGACAAGCUGCCCUUACUCUGCUCUCAUGUAUUCCCAUUGUGUCAAGACCAAGGAAACACCUGUCAAACAUUUUGCAGUUUCUGGAGUCACUGCACAAAUAUAUUGCAAUUUUCUCUUCUCUGCAACAGUGUUAUUAUCCCUUGUGCUAAUGUGUAUCAUGUCUUGAGUUAAAAUAGUAUUUCACUGUAAAAUAACUAAUAUAAUAAAAUAAUUCAUGGUCAUUUUUCUUCUGUAUGUUUUCAAUAAUAAAUAUAUUUGAUUUGUGUAUCUGUUCUUAGACGUGCUUACAACUCAGGUAAAAAAAAA